GUGUGUGUUUUGCAGGGGGUGGGGGGUAUUUCUAAAGGCUGAAGUGCCCGUGGUUUAUACUGCUGUUUGCUUUGGUUUCUGUUGUGAUGUACAUUUGGCAUGAGUUUAAAUUCGUUCACCACCACCCACCUCCACUUUCGCACUCUCCUCCAAAAAUGGGACAUUGAGAAGGAGUUCAAAAUAAAAUGUCACAGUGCAAUUAUGUUUAAACUGCAUCAGUUACUGCCUUUGUUCAUAUAUUUACCUGAAAUAUGGGAAUUUGUAACAGAAAAUACUUGAUAUGAGACAGUAUACUUUUUUUCUCUUCAAGAAAAGUAAAGUAGAACUAAUUUAUGUGGUCACAGAAAUUAUCAGUGAGAUCUCAUAUCUUACAGAUCUUUAUUUAGAAUUGAAAUAUUUGCUGUGCUAGAUUUUUAAUGCAAUUUUGCAUUAAUAGCCACUAUUUUUUAAAAAGGUUUUGUAGAUUCUUUCUGAAGAGCCAGAAUCCUGGUUUAGCUACAUAUAAGAGAAAAAGUUUAUGGGCAGUCUCUAAGAUAUUUAAAUUCCUGAGUUGGGCAUGUAUAAUAUUGCAUAUGAGUAUUUAGAGAAUUGAAUAAGACUAGUCUUAAAAAAUGACACACUUCAUUGUUGGUAGAUGUGAAUGUCAGGAGAAUAUGCAGAAGUUAAAAAGUAAUAAUUUAAAAGCAGAAGAACGAGAGACUUAGUACUCACCUUGAACAAAAUUUUACAGAAGGAUGGUUUACAGGGAGAACUUUGUCUUACCUUGAUGAACAGUAUUUUACCUCCUAUUUCUUUUGUCAACAAAACACCUGUUAAGAGUGCUUGCUUUGAUGUACAUUUGAAUAAUCAAAGUUUCCCGAGUCUUUUCCUUCAGUUUCAGAGAACAUUGCAGCUAAGAGACAAAGUAUAUAAUGUAAUGGCUCUAGUCUUGUUUUUUUUUAGGAAUAGUCAAUUAUGUAAAAAAAAAAAUCCUGUGUCACAUCACCUUAUAGACUAAUUGGCACUACAAAAUCAAUAAAUUUAAAGAAUUGAUGAAGAAAUAUUGGAUAUGGUUCUGUACACGGUCCUUAUGAUAAGGGAGUAAUUUUCAAGAAAAGUCUGGAAUCAAAAGUAGAAUUGAAAUUAGACUUUCUCUAACUUUAAAUGUUUUCUUUGCUAAUAUCACCAGCAGAAUAUCCUAGUUCUAUGCUGUAACCUAAGAUUACCCGUGCUCUCUGUUUCCCUCAUUCUAAAUAUUCAAUUACUCAAUGGUGAUUAUUAUGUGCCUUCUUGGUUUACUAUAAUAUUAGAUUAAUAUAGAUUUCUUAUGCCAAAUUAGCGGAAAUCACUGUUGCACACAAGAGUAAUUCAUUCUUCUCUUAGUCAUAUUCGUGUUACAGCAGGAGCAUCAUCUUAAGUUCCAAGGCUUUAAUAUUUUAAACUUGGAUAUACCGUGUCUUGGAGCACGUGGGGUUUGUAUCUGAAACUUGUAAAAUAUGUUAGAACCUUUCACAAGACUCUAAUUCGGUUGUGUUUAAAUGAGACUUUUUAAGUGACUGUUAUUCUUCUAUCACACCAACCAGAAAGAUUUAAAGUUUUGUGUGGUUCCUCUUCUGUGAAACAACUGCAGGUGAUGAGAAAAGACAAGGCGUGCUUGGAGCUGUCCAAGGUAGCUGACUUCUGAAAAGUUAACCAUUAUAAAAAUGCAUUGCUUUGUAUCUAUGUAAUUGGUUUACUCUCCAUUUUUGAAAGUUAGCAUUAUAUUGCUAUUAGAAUAAUAAACAUAGUGAAUUGUGGUAAAUAUUUUCAUAUAAUGUAGCAAUCUUAGUUAUAACUACAUUUAAAAACUCAGAAACAGUUCAAACAUUCAUGAAGCUAACUAGUGUUCCAGUUUGCAGCUUUAAAUUAUUUAAGUAGAAAUGAACAAAAUUCACAUUUAUCAGAUAUAGAACUCCAUGUCAUCAACAUGGAAGCACCAUAGGAAUAGUCUCUGGGGCAUAAGCAGUGUGGACAAACAUACUGAAAAAUGCAACUUGCAGGAAUUUAUUACUUUUGAAAUUAAUUCUUAUCCUUGUGUGACCUUUCCUGUCUGCUAUAGAAAUCCAAAAGAUCAUAAUUGUUUGAUAUGAAAUGCAAAAGAAUAGUUAAGUUGAAAGUUUAACAUCAUGAAAUUCAAAAUCCCAAGUGGUAUAUAAACAUUAAAAGAAACUUUGGACUGCUAAUCCUAGGAAAUGAGUUUUAUGGAUUGAAUUCAACAAGGCUUCAGAAAUGGCUCCAUCUGCUGCCUAGCAGCUGCUGAAAGGAUAAAUUUAAUUCAUUAAUUCAUUUGGAAAAAAGGAUCCAAGUAGUAAAGACUUCAUUGCUCGUAAUGCAUAUAGGUGGAAACACACUGAGAAGUGGUUCUGGUGUCAUUCUAGAUAAUAAGCUACAUUGUCUUCUAUUUUUGGUAAAGGUCUUCAGGAAUAAGUCAAUGCGAUGUUGAUUUUUAGACAGUAGCUAAUCAUUUUGAAAUAGUUCAAUGCUAAAAAACAAAACAAAACACUCAGGGAAGUUCAAAGUCUCAGUUUUAACCCAAGGAACUGUGGAAACCUAAAAAAGAAGCUUUCUUAUACUGCAUAUGUGUCUAUGGGAGGUAGAAUAUGUGUCUAUACCUACCACAUGUACAUGUACAUUUAUAUUUACAAAUAAAUGUGCCAUUGAAGUGAAUAAUUCUCUUCAGGGAUAUUUAUAUUAGAUAGAAAUCCUAAAUUAUAUUAGAAAUGUCCAAAAAUAUGUAGUAUUUAACAUUAAUAUAAGUAGAUCAUAUCUUAGAUUCAAAAUUUGUAUCUACUCAAGGGUUGGAAGGUCAAAUAACACUAGUUUUCUUCACCUAUAUUCUUCUCCUAACAUUGCUUGUCUAGUCUCUCUUCCAGUCAUACUUAGCAACCUGAUUUAAAAGCUUAGAAAGUUGUACCAGAAGUUCUUUCCUGUAUCCUCUGUGACAUUAAUCAUUUUGGCAUUAGUGUUAAAACUCUGUAAGACACGGGUAUACAUUUUAAUUGAAUGGGUUAUACAGAAUACUUUGGUAUCUUUCUGUAAGUGUAAUGAAGUUUUGAUGCCAAGUUUCUCAAAUCAUAUUCAACCAUCAUGGUCAGGUAUUAGAAAGUUUAUAUUGUUUAUGAUUAAACUGCAAUCACUUUGAUGGAUUUUCUUAACUGCUAGCAUUUUAAUGGGAGCCAGGUUUCCUUAGAAAUAUACAGUUCACCUUUUCUAGCUAGGUAAAUACUUCCUGGUUGCCAGUUAAUUGAUCUGUGAUAGAGAUAAGAGUAUCCCCAAGACAAGGCUGUUUCAAGAACCAGUGUAUAUUUUAGCCAUUUUUUUCCGCUUGAUGAUUUCAGGAAUGGUAUUUAGCCUUCCAACAUGGCCCACAGCUCACUGUGGUGUGUACUGGGUUUACUAUAAAGGUUCUGUGUGUACCCUGUGGGCUGGGUUAAGAAUCAGGGUUUAUGCAUUUACUUGUACUGUUGCAUUGUUUAGACAGCUUUGGUUUAGUUUUGAUCUUUUUUUUUUUUUUCUUUUUGCCUUUGAGGCUCUUCCACAGUGUCAGCUGCUGACUGAUAGUAGGGAAACUGCCUCGUGGUGUGAAUGAAAGGGACCUAGCGGUUGGUAAACAGAGAUAAGGAAUAAAUAGAGCACAGGCAAAAGGAGAUAGUUCUGUGGGGGCCCAGAUUGCUGCCAGUCUGUUCAGGGGAGAUGCGGAGCCUGUCCUUUUCCCAGAUUAAAUUAGUGUGCGAAAUCUCCAGUGACCUCCUCCCCUUCUCCCCACACUCUUCAGCCAAGCUGAACAGCCUCUGCUGUAAAGUAUUCAUUUUACCCAGGGACACACGGACAAUAGAGCUCUCCCUGAUACUCAUGGACAGCUGUCGUCAUUCAGAGGGCUCUCAGCAUUUCAUUUUUCAUAGGAGUUAAAAGGGUUUUUACCUUGGAAGUGAAAGGAGCAGGAGCACAACUUUGCCAGUUCUGAGGCUGCUUGGGCAAGGGGUCUGACUGAGGCAGGGGUGAGCUGUGAGCAAAAAAAGAAUCUGCCCAGGGAACUGAUUCUUUUUGUUGUGCUUAAUUUGAUUAAGCAAGGACAGAAAUUAAAUUUCAACUCUAUGUUCCUUAUUAGAAGAAAAUACCUUUGAUUCUGAAAGUUUUUUGAAAUUAAAGUCAUCAGUGCACAGUAGACAAUUUGUAUCCACCUGGUCUACUUUCAUUUUGCCUAAAUAUACAUGCAUUUUAUUGCCUGUGAAUAAGCAUGGGUAAAUAUUAAGUCUGUGAGAUACCUCGGUAGACCCAUACUUUUUAUUUUUUUAGUGAUUUACUGCAAAUAUAUUCAGCAUUUGACUGAUUAAAUAGACCUUCGGCAACCUUGAGGGUCACUGUGUAGAGUAUGUACAUAGAAAAUGCAUCAGCCCAUUGUACCCUGGCAGCUAAUGAGAUUGGUCGUUAAGUAAAUGACACAAAGCCUACAAAAAAAGCUUACAGCUCACUAGAGUAUCACAGAGUGUCCCCGCACACCACACAACGACACAAACACUGGACUAACCUAGCCCACCCUGCUUUAUUCUACAUCACUGCUUCCCUGAUGUCAGCGUGAGAAGCAGAACAAAGGCUAGGAAGCAGCGAGGCCCCAGUUCUGUGAGAUUCUUUGAAGGACUGUGUCAACUCCAUGUUGUGUGCUUCUGUGUGCAUCCCAAUCUAAGCUCCAGCUCCAGAUGAACCAGGGUAGUGUGUGGUGGCAGGAACAGCUGACUCAUUAGUAGAGAGCAGUGAAAGCAAUGGCAACUCUCUGGUUCAAAUUCAAUAGCUGCUAGGGAAGAUGGAUGCAGAGAUCGAAGAUAAAACAUUGCAUAUUCUCUCAAAAGGAACUGAAGUACCAAUGGAUUCUCUGAUCCAAGAGCUCAGGGCUGCCUAUGAUUGCUCUAUGGCGAAGAAGAGACGAGCUGGAGAGCAGGCACUGGGAGUGCCAGUUAACAAGAGGAAAUCUCUAUUAAUGAAACCCCGACACUACAGCCCAGACAUGGACUGCAAAGGAAAUCCAGACAGCAGGAAUGAGGAUGAUGGCCUCUUAGAAACGAAUGAUCACUCCACUGCAGAGGGAAUCAUGGUAAAGCCCAUGGAUGAGACUCUUCAUUCACCUACACAAGAAAACGCACUCCAGAAGGAAGACCAAUACAUGUGUUAUCCAGAGCUCAUGGUUAAAUCUCUAAUGCACUUAGGCAAAUUUGAAGAAAGUGUGACUAUGCAGACCAUAAAUGAAAACUUAAAUGACAGUGGCAUCCAGUCUUUAAAAGCAGAGAGUGAUGAGGCAGAUGAGUGCUGUAUGACUCAUUCGGAGGAUGGAAGAGUCAAAGUCCAUAGUUCCCAGCCAGCUUUCUGCUCUUCUGGUGAAAGUGACAGUGACUCUGAGGGUGCAGAGAAUGAGUGGGGCAGUGGCUCCAACUCACCAGAAGACACUGACCCUCCCAGAGCCCACAGACACAAGCUGACACACAAUAAAAAGGACUUGUUGGAGGUUUCUGAGAUGAAAGCUGAAGGUGACAAAUUUACCCCUUGUGAGAACAGGUGUGGUUCUGAUAUUGAUGGUAAAGAGCCACAGAACUCCCACAUGGAACCCUUGGCUGUCAAAGUACAGCCUUCAUUCCCAGAGGCUGAAGAUGGUGAGAGCCUGGUCCCAGUUACUGAGGAGCCUGGAGAAAUGGAGAAAGCGAAGGGGAACCUGAGUUUGCUGGAGCAGGCUAUUGCUCUACAGGCUGAACGUGGUUCUGUCUUCCAUCAUACAUACAAGGAGCUGGACCGCUUUUUCCUGGACCACCUGGCAAAGGAACGGAGACAAACCAAGGUUACUGAUGCCAGUGGAAGGCAAAUCUUUAACAAUAAACAUUCACCAAGGCCUGAAAGGAGGGAGGCCAAGUGCCCCAUCCCUGGCUGUGAUGGCACAGGGCACGUAACGGGGCUCUAUCCCCACCACCGCAGUCUUUCCGGGUGCCCCCACAAAGUGCGAGUUCCUCUGGAAAUUCUUGCCAUGCAUGAGAAUGUGCUCAAGUGUCCCACCCCAGGAUGCACAGGAAGGGGACAUGUGAACAGCAACCGCAACACUCACAGAAGUCUUUCCGGUUGUCCAAUUGCCGCAGCUGAAAAGUUGGCAAUGACACAGGACAAAAGUCAAUUUGAUUCUUCCCAAACUGGGCACUGUCCUGAGCAGGCUCACAGGACAAAUUUGGUGAAGCAAAUUGAAUUUAACUUCCGCUCACAAGCCAUCACCUCUCCAAGAGCUACUGCAUCAAAAGAACAGGAGAAGUUUGGGAAAGUACCAUUCGAUUAUGCCAGUUUUGAUGCACAAGUUUUUGGUAAACGUCCUCUCCUACAAACAGGACAAGGACAAAAAACACCACCAUUUCCUGAAUCAAAGCAUUUUUCAAACCCAGUGAAAUUUCCUAAUGGGCUGCCUAGUGCUGGCGCCCACACACAGAGCACAAUCCAUGCCAGCUCUUAUGGCCAUGGUCAGUGCAGUGAAGACACCCACAUAGCAGCAGCUGCUGCCAUCCUGAACCUUUCCACCCGCUGCAGGGAAGCCACAGACAUCCUCUCCAACAAACCACAGAGCCUGCGUGCCAAGGGAGCUGAGAUAGAAGUGGAUGAAAAUGGCACAUUGGACUUAAGCAUGAAAAAAAACCGAAUCCUGGACAAGUUUAUACCCCCAACUUCCCCUCACACUACAAUUACAACCCCAUCUUCUUCCCCAUUCAAAGCAAGCAGCCUUCUUGUCAAUGCUGCAUUCUAUCAGGCUCUUUGUGACCAAGAAGGCUGGGAUGUGCCCAUCAACUAUAGCAAAACCCAUGGAAAGACAGAGGAGGAGAGAGAGAAAGACCCUGUGAACUCCCUUGAAAAUUUAGAGGAAAAAAAGUUUGCUGGAGAGGCCUCUAUUCCAAGCCCAAAACCCAAGCUCCAUUCAAGAGAUCUCAAGAAAGAGCUAAUCACCUGCCCUACACCAGGAUGUGAUGGAAGUGGCCAUGUCACAGGCAACUAUGCAUCUCACCGCAGUGUGUCUGGAUGUCCUCUAGCAGACAAGACUCUUAAGUCCCUCAUGGCUGCCAACUCUCAGGAGCUUAAGUGUCCAACCCCAGGUUGUGAUGGUUCUGGGCAUGUGACGGGAAACUAUGCUUCCCACAGAAGCUUGUCUGGUUGCCCUCGUGCAAGGAAAGGUGGAAUCAAAAUGACCCCUACCAAGGAAGAAAAAGAAGACUCUGAACUGAAAUGUCCUGUAAUAGGAUGUGACGGCCAAGGUCACAUAUCAGGUAAAUACACAUCACAUCGCACAGCUUCUGGCUGUCCUCUGGCUGCCAAGAGACAGAAGGAGAAUCCCCUCAAUGGGGCCCCUCUCUCCUGGAAACUGAACAAGCAAGAACUCCCCCACUGCCCCCUGCCAGGAUGCAAUGGGCUGGGUCAUGUAAACAACGUUUUUGUCACUCACAGAAGCUUGUCUGGAUGCCCUCUCAAUGCACAAGCUAUCAAAAAGGUCAAGGUCUCUGAGGAACUAAUGACCAUCAAGCUCAAAGCAACUGGGGGUAUUGAUGGUGAUGAAGAAAUUAGGCAUUUGGAUGAAGAAAUAAAGGAACUGAAUGAAUCCAACCUUAAAAUUGAAGCAGAUAUGAUGAAACUUCAGACCCAGAUAACAUCUAUGGAGAGCAACUUGAAGAGCAUAGAGGAGGAGAACAAGCUUAUAGAACAGAGCAAUGAGAGUCUGCUGAAGGAACUGGCAGGGCUCAGCCAGGCUCUCAUCUCCAGCCUUGCUGACAUCCAGCUGCCACAGAUGGGGCCUAUCAAUGAGCAGAAUUUUGAAGCAUAUGUAAAUACUCUCACAGACAUGUACAGCAAUCUGGAACGGGACUAUUCCCCAGAAUGCAAAGCUCUACUGGAAAGCAUCAAGCAGGCGGUAAAGGGCAUCCACGUGUAGGAGGGCAGCAUGCAGGAAGCAGAGGUCACCACAGCAGUGAAUUCCAGCUGAUCCACAGGGGCCUUGCAACCCUGGAGCCUGGAGCCUUCCCCCUGCAAUUAUAAUUGCAACAUUGCACUAAUUUUUCCCCAAGUGACAUAAAAAGGAAAAAAAAAACUAUGAUAAACUCUUUGGAUUAAAAGCAAUGCAGUCAAUUAUUAAAUCUCAUUUAUUUUCAUACCUUUUUCUUUUAUUUCUUCAUUGCACUCUUUAUUUUGUAAAGUAUAUGUAAAAUAAAUGUGACAUUUUAUAUUUUAUUUAUUACUAAUCAAAGAGUUUUUUAUCUUUUAACUGCAUUUUGAAGUCUACCAUAUUUUUACAGGUGUGUUUAUUAAUUUAUCUUCUAAUAGGAUUUAAAUAGAAAUGCUGUUCUCAAAUCAUACAUCUUUCUGGGUUUAAAGGAAAAAAAAGUAUGAAGGACCGCACUAUGGUCAAGUCUGGUUUCUACUGUGCGCUUCUUUUCCCCCUUUACUGGUUUUGUAAGUGGUUUUUGGUAAUGUGAGCUGCAAAGGAAUUUGAAGAUAAAUGGCGCCCACUAGUGGGAAACCCACAUUCAUAAAAGCAUAGGAUGCUGGCAAACAGCGUGCUCAGAACUUGAUAGCAAUAAUUAAAUAAAAUAGUCAGCAGAGUAUUCCACGUGGCUGCACGGAUUUAAUUAAUUUGAAUUGUUUUUUUGAGCUGUUUAAAACAUAGAUUUUAAGUGAAUCAGAUUUGUCUUUUUGUUUUUCAAGUCACAUUGGCUAGUUGGUAACCCUUCCCCAAGAUGAGAAAUAAGCUUUGAUGUGACCAGCCAGGCUUUUCCUGCUAUAUGUUAGUACAAUAUCACAAGUGACAAUAUUGGUGUAGAAUUGUCCUUAAGAAAUAUAGACACAUCCAAAUGGAAAUUUUGUAGAUACUAUAUCCCCUGAAAUAGCAUUUAUCUUACUGGGUUGACUGGAAGAGUAGAAAACAUAAUAAGACAUGAAAAAGUGUUAUUCCAGUCUGAAUAUUGGCAACAUUGAUCUGCACUUCCCUAGGAAAUAAGACAAAUUUAAAUUUGAUGUAACUCUUGAAACACACACACACACACACACACACACACACACACACACACAGGCACAGUCCAUACACAUAUGUACUCACAAACACUCAUCCACACAUGAAAUUGAGUCUACAAUCUCACCUGGAUCAGAGUUUAGUAAUUGCUAUAGUAAAGGCAAUGUCUAUUUCAGGGACUGUAAAGUAGUUUAAGCAUUGUUUCAAAAGUUUUUUAAAACUUAUUUUUUUUAAGGAAAAGGUAUAGACAACCAGCUAAACUGCCUUUUUGGUGUGCACACACAUUUCAUGUGCAGAUGUGCCUCUGUGUAAAUGUACACAUGAACUUUAGUGUGGGCUUAAUUUUCUGUGCUAUAAUAAAAGUGUUUAUUUUUUAUUAGCCUCAUGGAUAUUUAGACUUAGUGUGAUGGCAUUCACAGGCUUGAAUUCACUGUUACUACUGUUACUGCUCAGAUACAUGAAAAGUGGUCCAGUCACUCCACUCUCAUGGAACUGUGGUUAUUGUUAUGCAUCAAGUGGAGCUUAUCUUUGGCUUGGGGUUCAUUUGAACUCUUGAAUUUUAGUUUAGUGAAAAUGAGAUGUCUGUUCUUAGGUAGGAAAGGUGUUUAUUUAAAACUCAAUUUAAAAGAAGCAGCUAUCAUGAGUGGUGUCUACUAAAAAUGGGACACAAAAUUUCCUAUUAAAGUAUGUCUUUGAACAUUUGCUACAUAGUAUUUCAAAGAAGCACACAAACGGGCUCACUUAUUACACAGAAGUUUACUUUGCUAAAUAUUUUAACAAGUUUGUUAUAUAUUUUAUUUAAAGAGAUCUCUUACAAACCUAUGUAUUUAUUACUAUAAUUUACAUGGCUUCAGUUAAUUUAUUUGUGUUCACAUAGUUUUAUGAUGUGUCUAUAUUUAUUUGCCUCCUUGGUAUUUGUGUUUUGUAACAUGCACUAAAUUGUUUUCAUUUCGACUAUGUUAAUGAUUGAUACUGUAAAUUGGGUCUUUUGUAAACAAAACAAACAAUGAUGUAUGCAUUUUUAUUUGAAGUAGUUUGUUUGUAUACUGUUUCUCCAAACAAUAUUUCUUACAUCAAUGCGACAAAAUUGUGUUCAGUGCUGUACAUUUGGUGUAUGGUAGAAAAUAAAAAUUGAUAAUGAA